GGUGAAGUCCAGCAUAUUGUUUCACAGACUUUGCCUGCAGCUUCUUUGCAGUAUAAGUGCAGAAUAUAUACACCUGGGAAGGCAAUUAGAGAGAGAUGGAUUUCCAGCGCAGAGCUUAUCCGUACCCCAUCCCAGAGGAUGAAGAGGUUGCACACAAGGGUGCUCCUAAUGCCCACAACUUUACAGGAAAUGAAGACGAGAAACCAGUGUCAAAAUUGCAACGUAGGCACAGUGAUGUAAAACUCUACAAAGAGUUUUGUGACUUUUACGCAAAAUUCAACAUGGCGAAUGCACUUGCAAAUGCCAUCUGCGAGCGCUGCAGAGGUGGCUUUGCCCCUGCUGAGAAAAUUGUCAACAGCAAUGGUGAGCUGUACCACGAGCAGUGCUUUGUCUGUGCCCAGUGCUUUCAGCAGUUCCCCGAAGGGCUCUUCUAUGAGUUUGAAGGGAGGAAGUACUGUGAACAUGAUUUUCAAAUGCUUUUUGCCCCUUGCUGCCAUCAAUGUGGUGAGUUCAUUAUUGGUCGUGUUAUUAAAGCUAUGAACAACAGCUGGCAUCCAGAGUGCUUCUGCUGUGAUAUCUGCCAACAAGUAUUGGCCGAUAUUGGAUUUGUCAAGAAUGCCGGCAGACACCUCUGCCGUCCUUGCCAUAACAGGGAAAAAGCCAGAGGCCUGGGAAAGUACAUUUGCCAGAAGUGUCAUGCCAUUAUUGAUGAACAGCCUCUCAUAUUCAAAAAUGAUCCUUAUCACCCUGAUCAUUUCAACUGUGCAAACUGCGGGUAACUUGAAUUCUGCAAAAGAAAGCUGGAAGAUGCUGGGUUUAUUUGCUUCAUUGAUUUAUAUCUUAAAGUGAAAAUCUGUCCUAUACAACUUGCAAGAGGGG